GUUUUCGUUUACCUAUUUCUAUGAUUAGUCAAAUAGUAUCUCGAACUGAAAACCAGGCUUGUUUUUGGGUCAUUUUUUAAAAGUACUCUUCUUGUUUUGGUUGAUGUGUAUUCUCCUCCUCGUUUCUUUUCAAAGCUAGUACAAGUUCAUUUUCUUGACAAGCCAAAAAAAAGGACUUACGAUUUGUAGCGGUGAAAAAAAUAAUAAGGGAAUAUUGACGAUGUUGCCGGUACUUCUGCUGUAUCCAAUCUGGCUCGCUGUGAGUCUCGGCUGGCCAGUCCUGCAAUCGCUCCACGCACUACACCUCAAGGACGAUGCGGGUGUCAGGGUAAAGCCCUAAGCUAAAAAUUGGAUGAAAUCAAAUAGGCUUUGGUUUCAUAUCUUUAUUUCCUCCUAGUUUAACAACAUCAUAGAAAACUGUAAAAUGCACGCUUAGCUCGUCCUAUAGCAGUAGUUGUAGUUUCACUUUCUUCCAUAAGAAUAGCCGCACAUAAUUCUAAAAAAACAGCUCUGGUUGUUUUACUGGGUCCUGUACGCGAUGGUCAGUGGAGUUUGCACCAUCCCGUUCGUCGCAACCGUUCUCACCCUGCCACUAACGAUUGUGGGGGCUGUGUUCCUGGAUGUCUACUACGAAACCUUGAUUGCCGGCUCUUUCCUCCUGGUCAGCCCCAAACAUAACUACUUGGAACGGCUUCUGUGUAUCGCAGAGAGCAACUACGAGCCAGCUUGCAAGGUCUGCAGCGCCUAUGUUGAGAAGGUGCGACCACACUUUGCGGAAGUCGAGAAAAAGGUCAAGGAAAUGUUGGCGCCAAAAGCCUAACCCUAAGGAAACCGACAUAUAUUUUUUUGGAGCGCAUCUUCUGCCUGCUCUGCAUGGAAGAUUUUAUGGCUAGGCAGGGGAAUCUGUGUGUUUUUUGGUUUUCUGCCCAGCUCCAUCUCCAUGGAGCCAUGGUAGUUGACACGACUUAUAUUUCAAAUACGAUAUUUCAAAUAAUUUGUACGAUGUUUCUUGUCGACAUCGCAAAAUCAAUUUGACGAUCAACCUACCCACUAUCAUCCCCAAAAAAUCGAAAAGCAAGAAGCAAUGAAAAAUGAAAAUGAAUAUUUCCACAACUUUUUUUACUCUCUGGAGAAAAAUGAACCGCAAUGUCAACGCGCAAAUAAGAGCAUUCAGAUUUACGCACGAAGGACAACUGUCUGAAUAUCGAUUGAAUGUUGUACUGCUGGUGCACCAUCAUAAGAGCAUUUAGUUGUCGCCUACUUGCUUACUGGAGAAGAACUCCGAGACUGGGUCGUGCUGCCUGGGAGCAGACGGCGACCACUAUAAUGAAAACAUGAUCCAUAUUUGCACUCGGGUACGGCGAGGGUUUCGCGUCUGUGUCUUCAUGCACGAUUGAAU